GGGAUUAGAUGGGAGGUGGCCAUGGGGCUGCGGAUGGGGUUUGUCCCCUCUUCGGCUUCCGUAGAGGAAGCCGCGGGGACCUGCAUCUGGGGUUUCGGUGCCCCCCCUUCCCGGGGGUCCGGGGGUGACAUUGCACCGCGCCCCUUACGGGGUCGCGUCGCCAACGAACGCGGACACUCUAGUUGGCGUGCUCCUCCCCUUCGCCUCUCUUAGCCAGGCCUCUACACCACCCCCAGCUGCCCAGCCAUGGGGGCCGCAGUGUUUUUUGGAUGCACUUUCGUCGCUUUCGGUCCAGCCUUUGCGCUUUUCUUGAUCACUGUGGCUGGAGACCCGCUUCGUGUCAUCAUCCUAGUCGCUGGGGCAUUUUUCUGGCUGGUCUCCUUGCUCUUGGCCUCUGUAGUCUGGUUCAUCUUGGUCCAUGUGACCGACCGGUCAGAUGCCCGGCUCCAGUAUGGCCUCCUGAUUUUUGGUGCUGCAGUUUCUGUCCUUCUACAGGAGGUGUUCCGCUUUGCCUACUACAAGCUGCUUAAGAAGGCAGAUGAGGGGUUAGCAUCGCUGAGUGAGGACGGAAGAUCACCCAUCUCCAUCCGGCAGAUGGCCUAUGUUUCUGGUCUUUCCUUCGGUAUCAUCAGUGGUGUCUUCUCUGUUAUCAAUAUUUUGGCUGAUGCACUUGGGCCAGGUGUGGUUGGGAUCCAUGGAGACUCACCCUAUUACUUCUUGACUUCAGCCUUUCUGACAGCAGCCAUUAUCCUGCUCCAUACCUUUUGGGGAGUCGUGUUCUUUGAUGCCUGUGAGAGGAGACGGUACUGGGCUUUGGGCCUGGUGGUUGGGAGUCACCUACUGACAUCAGGACUGACAUUCCUGAACCCUUGGUACGAGGCAAGCCUGCUGCCCAUCUAUGCAGUCACUGUUUCCAUGGGGCUCUGGGCCUUCAUCACAGCUGGAGGGUCCUUCCGAAGUAUCCAGCGCAGUCUCUCGUGCCGACGGCAGGAGGACAGUCGGGUGAUGGUGUAUUCUGCCCUGCGCAUCCCACCCGAGGACUGAGGGAACCUUGGGGGGGACCCCUGGGCCUGGGGUGCCCUCCUGAUCUCCUCGCCCUGUAUUUCUCCAUCUCCAGUUCUGGACAGUGCAGGUUGCCAAGAAAAGGGACCUAGUGUAGCCAUUGCCAUGGAGAUGAAGUCAAUGGAGGUUCAAGGGUAGAUGAGCUCUGAGUUUCCCAGUACCCCUUCCCCAGACUGGGCAUCUUGGUCUUUUUCUCAGGUCUGAGGGGAACCAUAUUUGGUGUGAUAAAGACCCCAAAUUGCCUUUUUUUUUUUUUGACUGGGGGAGGGAGGAGGUAUAUUGGAAUUCUUCUCCUAACCUCUGUGGACUGUAAUUUCCCUCCUCAAAUUGCUCCUUAUGUCUGGGCUCAUAUCUAUCCAGCUUUCCCCUUGGUCCCAGGCUUUGGGGGAAGGGAAGGAAGUGCAUGUUUGGGAACUGGUAUUACUGGAACUAAAAAAUGUUUUAACCUCCUUGACCACCAGCAUCCCUCCUCUCCCCAAGGUGAAGUGGAGGGUGCUGCGGGGAGCUGGCCCACUCCAGAGCUGCAGUGCCACUGGAGGAGUCAGCCUACCGUGACAUCACAGGGAAGGAGGGCAGAUUUUUUCUAGUUUUUAAUUGGGGUGUUUGGGGGGUGGGGAAGUUUUCUAUAAACUGUAUCAUUUUCUGCUGAGGAUGGCAUGUCCCAUCCUUUUAAUCAAGGUGAUUGUGAUUUUGACUAAUAAAAAGGACUUUAUAA